GCGCCCAACAUGGCGGCGCGGUCGUCGUCGGGGGUGGUGGCGGCAGAGGGGGCGGCGGCCGUGGUGGCAGUGGCGACGGCAGCCGUGACGGCGGCGGCAGUGGCGCGGGGUUUGGGCCGCGGGGAAUGAAGCAGCCGCGGUGGGCCAGCGGCGGAGCCGUGUAGCAGAGAAGCGGCUCCGCGUCCCUCCUUCCCUUGACCGAGCCGGGAGCGCGCGCGCGCGGCCGUCUGGCGCGGGCUCCCCACCCCUCGACUCCCGCGACCCGCACCGCACCCCCACCUGGGCCGGAGGAUGAUGAAGCUCAAGUCGAACCAGACUCGCACCUAUGACGGCGACGGCUACAAGAAGCGGGCCGCGUGCCUGUGUUUCCGCAGUGAGAGCGAAGAGGAGGUGCUACUCGUGAGCAGUAGUCGCCAUCCAGACCGAUGGAUUGUCCCUGGAGGAGGCAUGGAGCCUGAGGAGGAGCCGAGUGUGGCAGCGGUCCGUGAAGUCUGUGAAGAGGCUGGAGUAAAAGGGACAUUAGGAAGAUUAGUUGGAAUUUUUGAGAACCAGGAAAGGAAGCACAGAACAUACGUGUAUGUGCUCAUUGUCACAGAAGUGCUGGAAGACUGGGAAGACUCAGUUAACAUUGGAAGGAAGAGGGAAUGGUUUAAAAUAGAAGAUGCCAUAAAAGUGCUGCAAUAUCACAAACCUGUGCAGGCGUCGUAUUUUGAAACAUUAAGGCAGGGCUACUCGGCCAACAAUGGCACCCCGGUAGUGGCCACGACAUACUCGGUUUCUGCUCAGAGCUCAAUGUCAGGCAUCAGAUGACUGAAGACUUCUGUAAGAGAAAUGGGAAUUGGAAACUAGACUGAAUGCAGAUCUUCCCUCUCACCCUUGCUCUUUUCACCUUCCUCACAGGCUUCCUCUUUCAAACAUGGCAUGGUGGGCACAGAGAAAGGUUUAUUGAUAAUGUUGCUGUUGGGUGUUAAGUGAUGGGGCUUUUUUUUUCUCUUUUUAUUGAGGGGCUGGGGGUUAGGAAUGUAAUUUGUAAAGUACUUUUUGUGCAUGAUCUCUCCCUCCCUUUUCACACUCCUACAAUUCUCUGAAGAGAGGCAAACAGCCUCUCUCUGCCUUGAAUUCUGAAGUGUUCCUAUUUGUCUCUUCCCAACCCCAGCCAGACAUUUUUCUUUGAUUUUUAAUUUUUUUUUAUUAAAACAUACCAAUGUGAGACAGAACUUCAAAAUUUGUUCUAUAAUGUGCUGUUCAGUCCAGUAGGUUGGUCACUUUCGCUGCAGGAUUCAUUUAUCUACACAUUAUAUACUGGACAUAUAAUAUGUAAAUAAAUGGCUUUUAGAAAGAGGAAUUAUACUGUUUAAUUUUUCAGGGUUUUUUUGUCUCUUAAUUUGGGGCAUUUCUGAAAUGGAGAGCCUCGCAAUUAAUUUACUUUUUUAUUUUUUAACAUUAUAUGAUGCUAAUAGCUUGGCAAGUUUCCUGACCUCUUUUUAUUCCCAGGUCAUUGACUAUAGUGAUGUAGGGAGAGGGAAGAGUUUAGCUACCUUCAUAGCACUCCCAGGACUCAUAGCCUUCUCUUCUCCAAGCUGUGUUUCCACGCCAAGAAGGAGACAGGAAGAAACCUAUUUUCUUUUAUAUUACCGAGCCAGAAACAAAUGGCCUCAACCCAGAUCCGGGGAAACAAUGAUAGAAAUUGAAUUCUGCGCUAAAUGUUGACAAUAGAGAUUUGAACUGGAUUCUUGGGAUUACUGUCUGAAGAACUGGAGCAUCGAGCACCAUUUCUAUCCUGCUGGUUUGGAAUUUUUUUCCAUAAUGCUAUGUAUUGUUGACAGUGGCCUCUCUUCUUGUCCAUAUAUGCCUUACACCAUGCUGAACUGUUUUGUCCAUGUUCUAAAGCAUAUGGUUGUACUUUCUGAGUACAGCUGUGCAACCCUGUCCCUGCAUUGGGUAACCAUGUUAAGUUCCUAAAAAGUGCACGAGGGGAAAAUUCAGAUGUUUGCUUGCCAUUGUAAUGUUGCAGCCCUUGCAGUUGCGCCAUGGAGCAUGCUCAGAAAUACUGAAUUUUAUCUCCCACUGGGAUAUGAGAGGUCCGUCUUCUGCUGAGAAAUGCUAUGGGAAGACAGGUAAUCAUUUACUAGAACACCUACAUAAUACAUUGGCUCACUGCAAACUCCAUGUUGGUUUUGGUACAAGUUUCAUGUUGGCUUCAUUUGCCAGUUGUGUUGUUUAGUUGGGAAGUAAGCAGAAAUAGGCGUUAAGAUGGGGGAGCAGGAGUGGGAGGAGGCACUGAUUGAUCCCUGGCUUGAGACAGGAGCUUGUUACUAUACUCUUAGUGGCAUCUCCUUUUUCAAAACAUAGCCAAGAUGUGAAAUUAAAAUUGUAGUUCUCUUAUUUAAAAAUUCUAAUUAACACUCAGGCUUUGAAAAGCUUUUGCUCUUCCCUCCCACUAAAAGAAAUGUAUAUAUCAGGUAGACCUGUCAUUUAGCCUUCAGAGUUUUGGGGGACAUGAAUUGGUGAACUUUAAAUUUUGCUCUCUUCUCUGAGUUUGCAUUCUUUCUCCAAAUCUUGAAACACAGAGCCAAAAAGCAAUGUUGGCAGUUUCCUUAGGAUACCAUCAUACCUCUGGGAAAGGAAUUAUAUCCUUACUUAAGGGUACCAGUGGAUAGAAACAGCACCAUGGGAUUUGAGUCUAAACGGCAACUUGCAUGUCCUUCUUUAAAAUGAGCACAUUGCUUCUUUUUGCCUGACUUAGAGCAAUCUAAGAUUCUGUCCAAAUAAAGGGGAAAAUAAAAUUAAUUCAACUAAGGGCUAAGUGGAAUCAGAAAAACAUUCUAAAUCAAUUCUACCUUUAUGGUAUGGAUUGAAAAUGCUUUGCGGAAAAAGUCAGUAACUCCUAAAAAGGGAAAUGUAGUUGCAUUUUUUAAUGAUCUGAAGAUGGUUUUGCUGGGCUGAUGUAAUUAUAUAUUACCCCAGAAGUCCAGUUUUGAUUGCCAUUGGCAUUUUUUAGGUCAGGAAAGUGAACUGUACCAAGAAAGUAUUUUUCAGUGACAUGAAUGGAUCCUAUUAAGCAGUUAACUGGGGGCAAUUGUGUUGAUACUUUCUUAACUGACAAAACAAGGGUUUAUCCAACACCAGAAUUGUUGAAACUGUGCUGUUUCGUGCUGCGCUGGGAUUGUGAUGAGUGGGGGAUUGGUGUUUUUCCCUCCCUGGCACCUUAAACACCAUGACUGUCUUUACUGAUGUGUUGUCACAGUCCUUUUGUCAUGGAUUGCUUAGACCUGUGGUUGCAAUAACCUGUAUCUCCCCCAAAGAAAGUGAGGAGAAACAAAAGAAAGCACAAAAAUUACCUACUUGCAGAAUAUUUCAUUGGCAUAGAUUUGCCAUUAAUUCACCUCAUUCAGGCUUGAGGGAAACAGGUUCCUAUAUUUAGGGCAGAUACAUCGUCUCUUGCUCACAAUGAGUUUGGAGAUCUUAGGUUCUAGUUAUUCCUGGAGUGUCCAUCAGAGUCCACUAUACUCAGGAGAGAGAAAGAUAGAAAUGGAUUUUUUAAAUUAAAUCUUAUUUUUAGUUUAUAAAUUGCAGCCAUUGGGAAAACACCAGUAAGUUUCGCAAUCUUUUCUGGACCAGGACUUGUUAUUCUGUGUGUGUGUGUGUGUGUGUGUGUGUGUGUAAGUGUAAGUGUAAGUGUAAGUGAGAGAGAAGGGAUACCAGGAGUCGUCAGUUGUGUUAGAUUCUCUGUAGCCUUCCAGAACAUUGCAGCCUACAAAACAAGAGUCUUGAUUUUUCUCAUAGCAAAUGUAACAAGACAGAACCAUUAGAACAGUGUUUUGUUUUGUUUUGUUUUUACAAGUGUCUGCUGCCCCAUCUUCCCUGCAUGCACAGGGCUCACUUGCUGCUGAGUCCGAGCUGAGGCCAUCUGGAGGGAUCAAAGGGGUGGGCGUCUUGCCCCCUGUGAGGCUGCAGAAGGCCUAGAGGGUGGUGUCGCUGCAGGAUUUCCGCCCCCUGCAUUGCCCCACGCAGUCUCCUUGAAACAGUGAAGCCCUUGCGGCCUUGCCUAUCUCGACCUCAGGGGAGCAGAGUCACAGCCCUCUGCGAGUGUUUUGCUGCAGUGGUUUUGUAAAUGUGUUGCUACAUAGUCAAGUUCCUUUGUGGCAAUGAAACAUUUUUUGUUUUGAUGUUAGGCGUCAGCAUGUGUAAAUCUCUUAGACUUGCUUAGAAGAAAAAAGUCACCCUUUGUGGUUUUUAAAAGAAGAAGAAAAGUUCUACAUGGCACUGUUCUUCAUUCUCUCCCCUUUCUCUUCUCCAUAUACAGUGCUAAUGGAGGCUCCUGAACCACCUUAACCAGGGGCAUAAUUGUUCUGUUCGACCCAGGUUUAGGUGUGUGUUCACUUUCAAGUCUACACAAUUGUCAUUGCCAUCAAGUGCUUUAUUAAUGCUUUUGUUGGUCUCCUCGUUUAAUCUUUUUUAAAAAUAGCUUAGCCUGAGCCACAUUCACUUUUUUAAUUCACAAAAAGGAUUUAAUAGUGACAAUGUGAUUUUUGCCACAACUGUGUGAUUUUAAUAUUUCUGAAGUGUUCUUUAAGCCUGUCCUAGUUGAAAGUAGAAUUAGAGUUGGAGGAAAUACCUGGAGAAGUCUCCAAAGGAGGAUGGAUUUUUGCUGUAAAAGAAAUGAGAGUUGGCUAUAAUUGAUAAUAUAGCUUCAUCCUGGUCCCAUCUGCAUUUCAGAAAAAAACUACAUCUUUACAAAAAUUAGGAGGCAUGCAGGACACUUAACUUAAGCAACUAUAGGGAGGGGAAGAUGAUUUAACGGUGGUUAAAUAAUGCAAGUGGCUCUUCUAGUUCCCGUUUUAAAAGCCUCUAAAAGAGGUCGACCCUGAGGCUAUGCAGUUCACAGUGCCCAGCUGGGGUGGCAGUCAUUUCUCCUGAACCUGUUUCCCCAGGGCUGUGUAGCUUUCUGUGUUAAUUACCUCAGCCUUGCCUCCAUCAGGGUACCCACCUUGCUCCACGUGGCAGCAAAGCACCCCAGAGUUCGCCUCUGCACUCUUGGGUUAGCCUUGCUGACGGAGACCUCAACAUCUAGGAGAGCUGCGGUAAGCCUCAUUCUGAGCUGCUGUGUUAGUGCCUCUGAGUAUUUGUUUUCCACAGCACUUUAGAUGUCACCUAAGCAUGAGACAUUUGGGGUUUUAAGGUAAAAAAUUGUAAAUUGGGUAACAGUGACUAUAAUCCAGAAAAAACUGUUAUCCAAGCAUCAUAUUUACUUGAGGUCACCACAGGCCCUGGGAGCCUGGAGAUUUUAGGCAGACUCUAUUUUGAAGGUCAGAAGCCUUCCACCCCUGCCUCUAAAAGGGCAGGCAGCUUCACAUUUUGACCAUGUUUUUGCAUUUGCCUCAGAAACUCUUUGUUGUCUUUAGCUGAUAACCUUUCAGAGAAGUGAGAAGCCAAAUCAGAACAUCUGAGAAAAUGAUACCUCCCUGCUUUAGAUUAAUGAAAUAGUUUGUCCUCCUGGUCUCCUUAAAAAUUAAUAAAUAAAGAGAGAGAAAUAAUCUCAUCUGGUGUUGAUUAAGGCACACUCCUUGAGCUGAGGCUAGCAGUCACCAAUGAUUUUGGCACUCUCUGCGAUAUGAAGCUUUCUAAGUAAAAGAGGCACACUUCUCCCCUGAAGCUUCAUUCUUUGCUCUGAAGCUUUAUUUACACUGAUGAUUUGGUACGUUUGAGCUUGUCUUCGAAAGUGAGACAGUCAGCCUGGGGAGAGGAGCUCAAAGGGAAACUGCAUUAAUUCUGCUGAGUAAGAAAAUGCUUUUGGCAAAAAAAAAAAAAAGUACAGAUUAAUAGUUAGAAGGUGAACAGAGUGAUUGCUUUUGUUCUUCCAGCAAUCAGUUGUUUAAUUACCCUGGGUUUCCUUUGGUUUACCUUCCCAGUUCUUAACCCUGAAAAUUAUUUGACUUCUUAGCAGGCGCCACUAGAACUCCCCUCCCCCCCCCAAAAAAAAGGCAUUUAAAGCCCUAGACACAGCCUUUAAAGCAUAUAGAAACAUCAACAUUGUAUGUCAUUUUGUAAGGCUCAUCAAUCACCAGGCCAGAUGUGAUGAUUUUACUCAUCAUUGAGUCAGGGAACAUAAAUUCUGGUUCUGGAAUAAUCAUCUACAAAAUUGCUUACCAUCAGUGGACAUUAUCUGUGGGGUGUGCCUUUCAGAGAACAUCUCAACAAUAUAGUAAAAAAAGGGUUUAAGGUCCCAGCCAGGCAUUUGGAUCAAAAUCUCAAGUCUUUGAACUCCUUAGGAAAAAAAUCAAGAUGCCUCAAUCCAAAUGCUGGGCCUUAACGCUGUACUCCCCACUCUGUAGUGUGGAAUGAAGUGGCUCACCUUUAGGAAGUCAGUUUUCCAGUAAGAUUGCCUGUAAAUUCCUAUUGGGCGUUUCCCUGAGGUGAGACUGUCCUCCUGAGCAAUUUUGUGCUGAAUUGAAAAUAUUAACCUAAAGCAUCAACAGAUCCAUGUAACCUUUCAUUUCUUUAUUGUCCCAUUGAAGGAAAACUUUUCAGAGUUAAAGCUUGGUCUUUUAACCUUUAUUUGUUGUGGGGAAAAGGUGUCAUUAAUAAUGAUCCAGAGAUCAUUUGGGUCUAGUUUUGGUUACUUGAUUCCUUCAGCAUAACAGUUAUGCCAGGGAAGGCAGAGGCUGAUGAGACAGACACCCAGGAACAAGAAUGGAUGGGUCUGCUCCCAACAGAGCCUCCACAAAGAGCAGAUCUGAAGUUAGGUCUUGGAGAGCUUCCAGAGCACUGAGGAGAAGGGAGGACUUAGAGGCCAUUUGCUUAGUGAGCAAGAGGCUUGUGUUCCUCCCAAGAAGGUGAAGAGGUUUAGAGGGGCAUCUAAGCCACAGCUCACAGACUUGCCCUUUUGCCUCUUCCCACAUGGCUGUGAGCAUUUAUGCUUGGAAUUUCUCCAGGGGACUCUCGCCUCCAAGAGCUAAUUUGCUUCAGAUGUUUGGUUUAGCCUCUCAGUAGCCUCACCCUUUCAGUUCCACCAUGGAUUGACAUAGACAGUUGCUCAAGGUGCCGAACACGAUUGUCCCUGUGAAGAUAAAUGAGGCGUCUAGGGCCCAGCAGCAUAGUGUUGCAUUAGUAGUUAGAAAAGGAAUCGGUCUACUUUAUUAUGAAAGAAGUACAGUUUAUGGUGCAGUUUUGUAAAUGUAAGGUGUUUUAUUGUUUUGUGAUCUGAAAAGUUUCAAACUGGUUUACAAUCAAAGGGUUGGUGGUUAGAAUAAGUAAAAUUUCAGCUAGUGAAAUCUCUCUUAAGAAAGAUACCUACCAGUUUGCCUUGUGCUUAAGGAAGUGGAGCAUUUGAGUAUGUUGGGAGCUGUUGUAAAAUGAAAGUGAUAUACAUGUAAAGCAAGCACCUCUCACUUACUCAAGUGUGUCAGAUAGAGGAAGUGACAGCUCAUUAGUAGUAACUUCAUACCUUGCUCUCGCCAGCCCAUCCUUUCCAAAGACCUUGUCUUCCAUCCUUUCCAAUGAUCUUGGUAGGUAGAGAAGGAAGUAAAGCCCCAGUUCUGUAUGCUCAUCUAUAGGGUAUAGUCUCUCCAAGCAGCAUAGGUUUUUUUUGUUUUUUUUUUUAAGGGGUUUCCUCACUACGAUCACAUCUACUCCAUUCCAUCUCCAUCAGCAUCAGAAAGGUUAACAUCCCUGGGACCAUUCCAGUUUCAAAAGAGAUGAGCUAGAUGUGCCUCCUCCCACAUCACAGCUGUACUGCCCAGAUGCAGUCCCCUCUUGGCCAAGUUCAACCUAUUCCAGGGAACCUAUUGCACUGAGGCAAAACAGCCAAGAAUUAUUGAGCUCAUUUUAACUUUCUGAAGAGCAAAAGACUUUGUCCCUUCCCCCUAGUGCUCAUACAUUUUAGAAGAGGCCUAAAUGGCCAAGUCUGGAAAGUCUCCAGAACAGAGAACCAGAGGCCCGUGGACCCAGGGACCAUCCCCUGAGGAUUGCACAGUGGCUCAAAGUCUGCUCUUCUGAUCCCUCCAGAACUCUACUGUUGUUCCUUUCCAUCAUUGGGUCACCUGGUCCCUUGGGCUGCCGAGCAAGAUUUCAGACAGUGUCUUUCAUUUCUGUGGAAAGGGUAGAAACGGCAACAACCAAUAGCCUGAGUCAUCCUUGGAGUGGAAGUUGGCAGGAAUAAUGUGGAGUGAGCGCAAUAAAAUGGGAAUCCAAGGAAGGGUAUUUGUAGAGAAGGAGGGGUUGGUUGUGUUCCUUAAACCUCUUGGGAUGUGGUGCUGGGGUUAUAAAAUGGGUGGUUUGGAGUAAUAUCACCCCACCCCCAAUCUGAAGGCGCUGCAAGACUUAGAAACCUCCUAACAUAUGGGUGCAUGGUCUUGUUUUCAUUUUUUUUCCCCUUGUUUCCAGAACAACCUUGCUUCAUACUGCAUGGAAAAUAGAACUUUCCUUCCUGCCCGCUCCGGGCUGCCUACCCAGCCUAGCCUCUUCAGUGUCUUCACAGUGCUCGUCAGGAGCUGAGUGGAAUUUGGUCCAGAGAAGGCGGAAGGAAACUGAAUCUUCCUGUUUCCUUUUCUCAAGGAGAUAUUCUUAGGCUUCCUUCACAUCUCUCUUUUCCAUGGUAGCAGGUUUAUUUUUACUGGCAGUCGGGGGAGGGUCAAAAAGAAAGGGGGACAGGGCAGGGUCCAGCGCCAGGUUUGAGUCUUGAGAUAUGUGCAUAGCAGAUGCAAAUCCUGCUUUCCCCCCUUUGAUAGCAGGCUGGCCAUGUAUAACCGUUCCCCUUCUUUACUAAAGUGCCCCUUUGCAGUGCCAGCAACAAUCAGAGAACAGAUUCAGCCCUCCCCUAUAGUUGAGAGAGAGCUUUGGUCCUACCCCUAAAAUUCCACACACACACACACCCCAUAUCCCACUCCUUUUUAUAAAAACAAACGCUUAAACCUGUGAGUAUGCAGUCCCUUUCUAUGUGUUUAUCAGUUUCCUUCCAUUUGAGCUGUGUGGGAGGGAAGGGCAUUGGAAUUGUAGGCUGUAAUCUUGUGCCAACCAAUAAAAACCAGUAUUUCACACACA